AUGAAUGUAGUCAAGACUGCUGCUUAUUCAACAAUGGAGAAUUACACAUUUGCAAACAACUAUACUACAGGAGAAGAAUCAAAUGAAAAUGGAAUUACAGAGGCGACUAGAUACGUAUUUAUAUGUUUCAUGGUUCUUAUAAUUGUAGUUGGAAUUCCAGGAAAUACCAUUGUAGUUGCCGUACUUUCAAAGCUUCGUGAAAGAACGAGCACAGAUUACUUCGUUUUAGCUAUGUCGGGCAUCGACUUGUUCUCUGCAACUGUCAAUACUAUAUGUUACAUCAUACGCUACGAACCAAGCAUUUGGAUUUAUUUGGCAUCAAACACAUUUUGCCGCUUGCAUCUUUUUUCAUUAGGUUUGGCAAACAUAUGUACAACAAUGCUGUUUUCGGCAAUUGCGUUUGAUCGUCUGAGAUUGACAAGAAGUACUUCGACCAGACCUCUACCAUCGGAUUCAGAAAAUGCAAAACGUAUUACUUUCGGAAUAGUUAUUUUAAGUUUUGUUUUUAGCAUAGCGUUCCCUCUGACCACAACUUUUGAUUCAACUACUUUAUCGUGCACACGUCUGGAUGGUCAUGAAACAAUAAUUUUACAUAGCAUCUUAGUACUCAUUUAUGCAUUUUUGUUUGUAGCUGUUAUCGUCUGCUACACAAGGAUCGUGAUUAUACUAAGACAUCAUCAUAGAAGAAUACGCGACAUGAACACGAAUACCACUGACCAAAAAGCAGACAGAAGUAAAUUUACCUGGACUAAGAAGUCAAAAAUUGAACCUAUUAAUGCUCAUCAGAAUAAGCCGAGCACAUCAAAAGGAAUAUCAAGGUAUACUAGAAAAUUGGAGGGUCAAGGGACUUUGCCACGGAAAGAAUCGAUGCAAAAACAUGCGCAAAACAUGAAUAUUUCCGCUGCAACAAAAGACCCGAAAACCGACACUACACACCAUGUUUUAAACAUGGUCGACAGUAGAGCGAAAGGCACCAACUUUACUGUUUCAUUUAGAAAUAAUAUCGUCAGUAUUGAUGAACAAACGCAAAGAAAGAACACCUGUUUCAGAGAACCCCAACCACCAUACUCUGUACGCCCUGUUAACAGCAUUAUGAGAGACAGAAAACGCAUUAAUCGUACAACACUGAUGAUGUUUAUGAUAACUUUGGUCUAUGUUGGGACUUGGAUUAUUAACUGGGUAGCAUCUAUCUACGGGACUGUUACAGAUUCCCGGAUGACAGGAUUGGUGUUUCUGUCCCUAAAACUGUAUAUGAUCAACAACACCACUAAUCCAGUAUUUUACAUAAUCAUGAGCUCAAAAUUCAAACAGAACGCAAAGGCACUGUUUUGCAAAUAG